UACAAUGACGACAAGACCUGGAACCAGAGACAGGCUUCAAAUGCCCCAUGUGCAAUGGAACAUUGGACAAUCGGCCUUCACGUAUCUCUAGGCAGUCACAAGUUGACACAUACGUACGUGUAGCUCUCACCCAAGCCAUCAACCAUGACCAUUUCCAUCUCUGCUAUAUAUACCCCUCCCCUCUCUCAAAAUCCCCCCAUUGUCCCCUCUCCCAUUUCUAAGCUCCCAAGAUUCUCACCACCGCGCUCUGCCAUUCUUUGUUUCUCCUCCUCUCCUCCACCACCACCAGAUAUGGAUGCCACUACAGGUCCAAGUCUCUACCCUCUGCACCGUUCUAAAACUCUUCACCUGGUAAGGCAUGCACAAGGGAUUCACAAUGUGGAAGGCGAAAAGGAUCAUAGUGCAUACAUGUCUUAUGAUCUUUUUGAUGCACAUCUUACACCUCUUGGCUGGAAUCAGGUUGAUAAUCUACACAAGCAUGUUCAAGCAUGUGGACUUUCUAAGAGAGUUGAGUUAGUCAUCACAUCUCCUUUGUUAAGGACCAUGCAAACAGCAGUGGGUGUCUUCGGGGGUGGAGCAUACUCAGACGGGAUAGAUGUACGUCCUCUAAUGGUUGCAAAUGCAGGGAACAGUAACCAUCCUGCAAUUUCAAGUCUAAACUGCCCACCAUUUGUAGCAGUUGAGCUUUGCCGUGAACAUUUGGGGGUUCAUCCAUGUGACAAGAGAAGAAGUGUUAGCGAGUACCGGCCUCUUUUUCCUGCAAUUGAUUUUUCAUUGAUAGAGAAUGAGGAUGACAUUCUGUGGACGCCUGACAUUAGAGAGAAGAAUGAAGAAGUGGCAUCUAGGGGACUGAAGUUUUUGAACUGGUUGUGGACACGUAAAGAGAAGGAGAUUGCAAUUGUUACCCACAGUGGAUUCUUGUAUCAUACCUUGAGUGCUUUUGGAAAUGAUUGCCAUCCAUCGAUAAAGAGUGAAAUAUGCACACACUUUGCCAAUUGUGAGCUUCGCUCGGUGAUAAUUGUUGAUAGGAGUUUGAUGGGGUCUGAUUCUUCGACAACUAAUUAUCCUGGAAAAAUUCCUCAGGGGCCUGACCUCCCUAGUGACAUUGCAGAUGAGAAGCAAUCAGAGAAGGGUGCUUCCAAGUAAAUAUAGCCCCUGAUGAUGGACAUUCUCACACACUUAAUAUGAUUAUUCUGAAGCCUUGAUUUUUCAGUGGCUGGUGGAGAUUCAUGUUUUUCUUGAUUAUUUUUAUAGGGGAGACAGAAAUUUAGUCUUUUUAAGGUUUGCUUUGCUCUGUUAGGCAAUUUGAAGAUUCUUGUUUUUGGAGCCUUAUAGAUACAUUGGUUUAACCUGAAUAUCAUUGAUGGUUUUAGAAGUUCCUUGUAUUUUUUUUUUAAAGAUAAACAUCUCUUAUUAAUACCAUCUUCAACCGACUUCUCUCCCCU